CGCGGCGGCGCUGGACGCGGAGGCGGUGGGCUCGUGGCGCGGAGUCGGCGGGAGCGCGGCGCUGGCGGCCUCGGAGUGAGGGCCCGCGUCGCCGAGCGGCCCCCGGAGCCGCGGAAGGAGGUUCUCAGCCCUGCUUUUGAGAUGAUGGGACUGGGAAACGGGCGUCGAGGCAUGAAGUCACCGCCCCUUCUACUGGCUGCCCUGGUGGCCUCUGUCAUCAUCCUAGGCUUCAACUAUUGGAUUGCAAGCUCGCGGAGCGUGGAUCUUCAGACGCGGAUCCUGGAGCUGGAAGGCAGGGUCCGCAGGGCAGCUGCAGAGAGAGGCGCGGUGGAGCUGAAAAAGAAUGAGUUCCAAGGAGAGUUGGAAAAGCAGCGGGAGCAGCUCGACAAAAUCCAGUCCAGCCACAACUUUCAGCUGGAGAGUGUGAACAAGCUGUACCAGGAUGAAAAGGCAGUUCUGGUGAAUAAUAUCACCACAAGUGAGAGGCUUAUCAGAGUCCUACAAGACCAGUUAAAGACCCUGCAGAGGAAUUACAGCAAGCUGCAGCAGGAUGUCCUCCAGUUUCAGAAGAACCAGACCAACCUGGAGAGGAAGUUCUCCUAUGACCUGAGCCAGUGCAUCAAUCAGAUGAAGGAAGUGAAGGAGCAAUGUGAGGAACGCAUAGAAGAAGUCACCAAAAAGGGAAAUGAGGCUGUAGCUUCCAGAGACCUGAGUGAAAAAAAAGACCCAAGUCAGCAGAUUCAAACGCUUAGCAAGUCUCAGCCCAGGCCACAAGAAGCAGGCCUGCCACAGGCAGAAGAGCCACAAGGGAAAGGACACGUGCCCAGUGAUGGCAAGGGGCAAGUGCCAAACCCCAGUUCUGAGGUGGCCGUGGAUUUGAAGAGCCAAGAUAAGAAAGAGGAAACCAAUGAGAUCCAGGUUGUCAGCGAGGAGUCUCAGAGGGGUGGCCUGGGGCUGCUGCAGGAGCCAGGCCAGGAGCAGGCUGUGGAAGAGAGACCAAUAAGUGGAAGAGACUUGGGAAGAGCCAGAGAACUGAGCCGAGCCCCGCAAGUAUCAGCUGCCUUAUUGCUGAGCCAGGAGAAUCAGGAGACUGAGGGCCCUGAGCGGGACCAGCUUGUCAUUCCCAAUGGCCAAAAGGAGCAGGAUGCUGCUGAGGAAGGGAGAAACCAGCAAAAACUGGGAGAAGAUGAUGACUACAACAUGGAUGAAAAUGAGGCAGAAUCUGAAACAGACAAGCAGGCAGCCCUUGCUGGGAAUGACGGAAACCUAAAUGUUUUUAUUGCUGAAGAUCAGAAAAAAGACACCAUAAGUUUAUUUGAUCAGCAUGAAAAGCGGAAUCGUACACUCUGAACUGAGCUGGAAUUCACAUAUUUUACAUCAGGACUGAAGCAAUCACUACAAAAUAUUCACGAGGGACCGAAUACUCAAAGCUGUGAAAUGUACUGAGUAAAUGUACAUCUGAAGAUGGUUA